UCUGCUCAUCCUAAUCUUUGUCAACCUGGAGAGUAUUCGUCAGCUGGAGCAAUUCAUUGUGAAAGUUGCAAUAAAGGAUUCAUGUGUCCAUAUGCUGCUAUGCAUUCCCCAUUACCUUGUGUAAAUGGCACAUUUGCGAAUGAAACGAAAUCUAGAACAUGUAAUACCUGUCCAGCCGGAUAUGAGUGUCUCAAUCCCACAGAGACACCUAGAAGAUGUAAAGAAGGCUUUUAUAGCUUGAGCGGUGUCGCAUCUUGUUUUCUAUGUCCCUCUGGACACAGUUGUGUAAAGGAAUACACUCCUGUCGAUUGUGGGAAAGGAUUUUAUUCAGAAGCUGGUGAAAUGGAUUGCAGACCAUGUCCACUUGGAAGUUACUGCCCUUUCGUAAGAACGGAAUCACCGAAACUUUGUCCUAGUGGUUAUUACAGUAUCAUCAAUGCAUCUUCGAAAUGUAUGGAAUGCGAACGAGGUCAUCGAUGCCCUAUUCCUUAUAAUGCUCCCAUACCCUGCGGACCUGGUUACUAUAGUGAUGUGAAGGGGGCAAGUAGCUGCGAGAGCUGUUCACAUGGAUAUUACAACACAAAAGAAGGGCAAGUUAAAUGUGAAAGCUGUCCUGCUGGUUCUCGAUGUCCAAACAAAACGAUAGGACCCAUACCAUGUUUGCUUGGGCAGUAUUCACCCCAAGCUUCUCAAGAAUGUCUUUCGUGUCCUGCUGGUUUUGCUUGCUCUUCACCUGAUAGUUUACCACAACGCUGUGAGGCCGGGAAAUUUAGCAACAAGACUUCGUGUAUCCCUUGUUAUAGAGGAAAUUACUGCCCAAGCUUGGCUCAGCAACCUAUACCAUGUGUAAGCGGCACCUAUGCUGAUAGGGAAGGGGCGGUUACUUGCCACGUAUGCCCAGCUGGUCAUUCUUGCUUCAAUGUUUCUGAUACUCCAAAAGAAUGUGGUCAAGGAGAGUACAGCAUUGCAGGACAAACUUCAUGCAAGGACUGUCCACGAGGUUAUUAUAGCUUACGCGUAUCAAGGAGUUGCAUACCUUGCCCAGGUGGAAAGAAGUGUCGUGAUGGCUCUGCGAUUAUUUCGCCUGUUGAUUGUCUAGCAGGAACAUACAGUAGAUUAAGAGAAGACAUUUGUCAAGACUGUCUUAGUGGAAGCUGGAGUGCAAAUGCAUCAACUCGUUGUUUUCCUUGUCCUGUUGGUUAUGUCUGUGAUAAUCCUUCAAAACCAACUCUUUGCCCAUCUGGAACGUACUGGAAUAAUGCCGGGACGACUCCUAAAUGCGUUGCGUGCCCAUCUGGAUAUGAAUGUGUUAAUGUGACUCAACCUCCUGUGGCAUGUCAAUCUGGCACAUAUUCUUUGGAGGGGAGUUCUACCUGUAAAAUCUGUCCCCCUGGUGAUGCAUGUCCAAAUCCCUCUGAUGUACCAAUACACUGUUCAGUGGGAACUUUUUCUGCUGCGGGUUCUACCUCUUGUUCUGAGUGUCCUUCGGGUUAUAGCUGUCCUAGACCACGUGAUGCUAUAACUUCCUGCCCUCUGGGAUCCUACUCAUUGCUUGGUGACGCAAACUGUACAAUCUGUCCUGCUGGAUACGCGUGCCCUACAAAUCACGACGCUCCUUUCCGAUGUCAGCUCGGGCAGACAACCAAUGGAAACAAGGGGUCGACAAAUUGUACAAAUUGUCCGGCCGGAUUUCAAUGCCCAACACCAGAGAUAGCAAUGCAGGAAUGCAAAAGUGGCUAUUAUAGUCUUGGCUUUGCGGUUCGAUGUUUGAUCUGUCCUGCAGGAAGCAAAUGUAGCAGCAGAAAUAAGCGUCCAGAAACAUGUAAACCUGGUGAAUAUAGCUUAGUCGGUUGGGAAAAUUGCACAUCUUGUCCUCCUGGUGAAGCUUGUCCUUCCCUGACCACAAACACAGCUAAUGCCAUUUGUCGUCAAGGAACAUACUCAACUGGGGGAGCACAGUAUUGUACAAACUGUCCAGCUGGAAAGUACUGUCCAAGUAUCACCAGUUCCACUGAGUUAACUUGCCCUCCUGGAUUUUUCUCCUAUGGUGGAGCUGCCAAGUGUUUUGCCUGUCCGAGUGGCUGGAAAUGCUCGAAUGCUGAUGGCUCUGGCAAUACGAGAUGUUUGCCAGGAACAUAUUCCACAGGCAAUCAAACAACCUGCACUGAUUGUCCUCCUGGGUACGCUUGCCCUUCAAUCUAUAGUGAUGAUAGGUUGAAAUGCGAGCCUGGGACGUAUUCAGUCGGCAAGCAAACGUUUUGUUUUGUCUGUCCUCCUGGCUACGCGUGUCCAGAUACAAAGACAAAUACAUUGCGCAAAUGUAGCGAAGGUACUUAUAGCGUCGGUGGAAAACCAAAUUGUACGGAGUGUUCUUCCGGCUUUGCCUGCCCUUCAAAGACGGACGAAAUUCAAAUAAAGUGUAGUCUUGGCAGUUACACAUUGAAUAAAGCUUCAAGUUGUACACCUUGUCCUGCUGGUAAAUAUUGUCCUAAUGUGACAUCAGUGCCAAUCGAUUGUCCGGACGGACAUUAUUCUCUUGGUUCGUUGACGCAAUGUAUUUCUUGUCCUGCUGGCUUUUAUUGCGAUGUGAAAAAUUUAGAACCAAAGCCAUGUGACCCUGGGAAAUACAGUAACAGAUCAUCAAUAAUGUGUGCUAAUUGUGACCCUGGGUAUGUGUGUGCCUCGAAAAGUACCUCUUCAAGACCAGGUUCAGGUAUGUGUCCGAGCGGGUAUUAUUGUCCAGAUGGUUUACGAAAGGUGGCGUGUCCUGCUGGAACAUUUGGUAACACAAGUCUUGCCAAGUCUGAAGUUGAAGGUUGUCAUCCGUGCCCACCUGGAUUCUUCUGUCCUCCUGCAACACCUGGAUAUCCAACUACAUCACUACGAUGUCCCCCAGGACAUUAUUGUGUCGCAAGAACCCAAACUCAGUUCCAGUAUCCUUGUCCGGACGGCGAGUUCAGUACCAAAUGGGGUUUGGAAAAUAGAGAUCAGUGCGUCGAAUGUAAAGCUGGAUAUACAUGUACCGGAGGUGAUCCCAGUGGGGAUAAAUUGUGCCCUUUGGGACACUAUUGUCUUCGUGGAAAAGCGCUAUGUCCUGUCGGUCAAGGAACUGGAACAGGCAAUAUAUCGCCUUGCAAAUGUCCAGCUGGAAAAUUUACUGAAGAGCGAGGAGCCACUCAAAGCUCACAGUGUAAGACAUGUCCUAUGGGGUAUUACUGUGGGAGUGGAACUUCAGAGCCUCAGGCUUGCCCUCCUGGUACCUUCAGUAAUUUGCACGAGCAAUCAAAAUUAGCAGAUUGCAGACCCUGUUUUGCUGGCAUGGCAUGCCCUCUUUCGGCACAAACGUGGCCCACAAUGACAUGUAGUGCUGGCUAUUUCUGCCCAGAAGGAUCUUCCAGCCCUAAUGAUAAAGCGAAUGCCUGUCCAGCUGGAACUUACACUGACUAUCAUAAUCUAACUCAUUCUCGGGAGUGCUCACCGUGUCCUGCUGGACAAGCAUGUGAAGCUGGUACCGGUGGAAAGCAGAAACCACCGCAACUUUGUGCUAGAGGGCAUUAUUGUCCUAUGGGUACCAGAACACCUACGCAGCAUCCAUGUACUGCGGGCUCGUGGGGUAACUUGACAAACCUCGAAAAGCAAGCUGAUUGUUACCAGUGUCCUAAGGGAUGGUAUUGCCAAGAAGGAGCAGAUAGGCCAACUGAUCUCUGUAAACCUGGCCACUUUUGUCCGAGAAGCACUCGUUACGGUACUGAAUUUCCUUGUUUUGAUGGUACAUACUCUAAUCGUACUGGUAAUGUGAGAUGGGAGGUUUGUGAGGAUUGUCCUGAAGGUCAUUACUGUCCAGCUGGAACUGCUAUACCGAAAAAGUGCGCGAAAGGCAAAUACUUUGAUUCAACAAAGGCAAUGACGGCUUCCGAAUGCAAAACGUGUCUGGCAGGCUAUGCAUGUGCUGAAUUAGCUACUAUUCUUCCUGAAGAGUGUGGAAAAGGAAAUUACUCUUCAUCAGGUGCACACACUUGCAGUACAUGCGAAGCUGGUUUCUAUUGUUCCAGUGAUGCAACCAAUCGUUCUGUUAUGUUGAACGAAAUGAUCUGCCCAGCUGGCAUGCAUUGUCCACGUGGUACUAAUAGAGCACCUGAUCUCGUUUCUCACGCCUGCAAGAAAGGGCAUUAUUGCUUGAAAGGAGAUGAGAAUGCGUAUCCAAUUCCAUGUCCUAAUGGGACAUAUAAUUCUUUCACGGGUCGAAAACUUGUAAGUGACUGUCAGCGAUGUCCAGAGGGUUAUUUCUGUGAGCAAAAAGGCUUGGAAGAUGUCGAAGGUAAAUGUCCACCUGGUUACUAUUGUCCCUUUGGAACUGCGUAUAGAUAUUCGUAUCCUUGUCCAAUUGGCUUCUAUCGUAAUGCAUCUUCAGCCAUAUCAAGUAUGGACUGUACCAUCUGUGUCGCCGGAUUUUACUGUAACAGCACGGGACUUCCGCUUCCGAAACCCUGUCCAAUUGGCUACUUUUGUCCAACUGGCACAACAAGACCUCAGCCUUGUCCGAAUGGCUACUAUGGCAUUUCGUCUAAUGUGAAGAGAAGCGUGGAUUGUGCAGCAUGUCCUGCCGGAGAAUUCUGUGCUGGUUUUGGGCUUACGAAACCAACUGGGCCAUGUGACGCUGGUUUUUAUUGCCGUGGAAAGGCAGUUACUUCGGCUCCACCAGAUGGUCCUACCGGUGGCCUAUGUCCCGCUGGAGGUUAUUGUCCAGAGGGUGCAAAAACUCCACAGGCCUGUCCUGCUGGAACGUACAGAAAGUCGAGAGGAGCAAGCUCAAGUGCAGAUUGUCAAGCAUGUGAUCCUGGGUACUAUUGUGCAGGAGAUACUAAUCCAUUUCCAACUGGAAAAUGUCAACCUGGUUAUUAUUGCACCAACUCUUCAGUAACACCAACACAGUUUCCAUCACAGCCUGGACAUUAUGCUGUUGAGGGAUCCCCAUAUAUGGUUUCGUGUCCAGUUGGAACGUAUCAAAGGGCUGAAAGAAUGGACCGCUGUGAUUUGUGUAUUGCUAAUAGCUAUUGUAAUACAACUGGCCUUGUGAAUCCUCCUCUCUGUCCAGCUGGCUAUUACUGUCCAACAAACAGUACGUUACCUACGCCGUGUCCAGCGGGGACUUACAAUCCUAAUGAGGCCAAGGACUCAGAAAAUGCAUGUUUGUCAUGUAAAGAGGGAAAAUACUGUAGUCAAGAAGGACUGGCGAGUGACGAAGGAGACUGCUAUGCAGGAUAUUAUUGUCUGGGAGGCUCAUCUUAUCCUAAUCCUGGAAAUCGGUCAAAUGGACUUCUUAAUGGUGACUUUAAGUAUGGGGGCGUUUGUCCUGCGGGUUAUUAUUGUUUAAAAGGAACUGCGCGUCCAUACGACACACCUUGCAGGAAUGGAACCUAUAACAACUAUACUGGAGCAAAAAGUUCUGCAGACUGUACGCCUUGUGAUGGUGGUCUUUUCUGUAAUGGUAUUGGUCUAAAUGCCCCCAUUGGUGAAUGUCGCGCCGGUUGGUAUUGUAUCAGUGGUGCUAAGUCUUCAAUGCCUAAUGAUGGACGAACUGGCGACAUAUGCCCAACAAAACAUUAUUGUCCUCAAGGAAGUAACACUCCACUGCCUUGCAAGGCAGGCACAUACGGUAACAUCUCUGGUUUGGCGAUAUGUUUUACGUGUCCCGAGGGAAAAUAUUGUAGCGAAAGAAGUGGAACGCCUCUAGAUUGUCCUAAAGGUCAUUAUUGUCCAAUGGGGUCUCAUCAACACAACUGGAAAAAAUGUCCUCCUGGUACCUGGAAUCCUACGACUGGUAUUGGCCGAGAAGAUCAAUGCUUGCAAUGUGAUUCUGGUAAAUACUGCCAAAUCUAUGGAAUCGUCGAUUUCUCAUCGGGAAAUGGAAGUGGAUCUUGCAGUCCGGGUUAUUUUUGUAAAGCUGGCAUCAACACCCCUACACCAAGUGCCAACUUUACAGGUAUAGGAGGUGUGUGUCCAGAAGGGAUGUACUGUCCUGUUGGUACGAUCAAUCCUAUCGGCUGUCCUCCUGGCACAUUCUCUAACGUUAAAGGAUUGAAAGAUUCUUCUGAAUGUCAGGCAUGCUUGCAUGGAAAGUAUUGUGGUAAAAAGAAUUUGACUUCUCCGUCAGGUGAUUGCUACGCUGGAUUUUAUUGUUUGCUUGGUUCGGCGACUCCAAAUCCAUCCAUUGUAACAUCUACUGGUGGUCCGUGUCCAAAAGGUCAUUUCUGCGAAAAUGGAACUUCCCACCCACUGGGAUGUCGAGCAGGAACAUACAACCCUAACGUUGGCGAGGAGAACUGCUUCCCAUGUUUGAGCGGCUACUACUGUCCGGAGAACUCCACUCAUCUAUCGCAUCCUUGUCCACUUGGACAUUACUGUCCCAACGGUACCAAAUACCAAGAUGAGUUUCCUUGUCCUAAAGGGCAUUUCAAUAACAAAACUAUGGGUCAUACUGUGUCGGACUGUUUACCAUGCACACCUGGUUAUUAUUGUGAUACGCGUGGGCUCAAGAAACCCUCUGGAAAGUGUGCAGCUGGUUGGUAUUGUGUAAGUGGGGCUUAUGUUGACAUGCCGAUGGAUUUGGACAACUUUACUUCGGGAGAUUGUGUUUGCCCUAGCAAUGCUACUGGAGGUGAAUGCCCUCCGGGAAGUUACUGCCCAUUAGGGAGUGAAUAUCCCGUACCUUGCACAGGCGGCUUCUACUGUGAAGGCACAAGAAACAGUAACGUCACUGCUCUUUGUAGCCCUGGUUACUUUUGCGCAAAAGGUGCAUGGAGAUCGAAACCUGAUGAUGGUAUCACGGGAGACAUAUGUCCCCGGGGACGGUAUUGUCCGAGAGGAACACAAAUACCUUUCACUUGCAAGCGUGGCACUUUUUCCAACAGUACUGGAAAUUACAAGGAAAGCCAAUGCAGAAAUUGUACUGCUGGCUCGUAUUGUGAAGUGCCAGGCUUAAGCAGCACAAGUGGACUUUGUUUGCCUGGGUUUUAUUGCCCCCCCGGUCAAUUCUCCAAAGUUGCCAUUCCCUGUACGAGUGGUCACUACUGUGGACGAGGUAGUCCUGGUCCGAUAAAAUGCCAAUCUGGAACAUACCAAGAUGAAAUGCAGCAAAGCAACUGUAAGAUUUGUCCCAGUGGUUAUUAUUGCGAUUCCAAGAAUGAUCUAAGUGAUUUCUCAUCAUAUCUAUGUCCACGUGGCUACUUCUGUCCCAAUGGUACGCGGUUUGCGACCGAAUUCGGAUGUCCAAAAGGAACUUACGGCAACCGUUCGCAACUGACUAGUGGCCAUCAGUGUUUGCCAUGCCCCCCCGGAAAAUAUUGUAAAGGCUCGUCAUAUUCAUUUACUGGAGAAUGCUCUGCCGGUUAUCACUGCAUAAGAGGUAGUUCGACAAAAACACCCGUUGACAAUAUUACAGGUCAAAUAUGUCCUCGUGGAAAGUUCUGUAUCCAGGGAACAGAAACGCCUGAGAAUUGUCCUCCAGGUACAUUUUCUAACGUCACUGGUUUGAGAAGAAAAAACGAAUGCCUUCCCUGUACUCCGGGCAUGUUUUGUGAUCGUCCAGGAUUGACCAAGCCUUAUGGCAAAUGCUCUUCAAGAUAUUAUUGUAGAGGUGGAGCUCUAGUUCCUACUCCUAAUGACACGAUCACUGGUGGUAGAUGCACUACUGGUCAUUAUUGUCCUAUUGGCUCAUCUACACCCCUUCCAUGUGAAGACGGAACAUUUAACAAGGAAUAUCUUCAAGAGGUUUGUCAAAUCUGCCCAGAACGUUACUAUUGUGUUGGUGAUAAAAGUCUAGAUCCUGUUUCCUGCCCGGUUGGAUUUUAUUGCCCGAAUGGAACUGGUUAUGACUGGAAGUCUUGCCCCAAGGGAACCUAUAGUACUUCGCUGAGCUUAAGGAAUCAGUCAGAAUGUCGGCAGUGCGAUGGCGGAAUGUACUGUGGAUCUCCUAAUGCAUCUACGGUUACUGGAUCAUGUGACCCAGGUUACUAUUGUAUUGAAGGAGCAGCUGUUCCGAACCCUGAACUUACACCAACUGGAGUAGCAGGGCCAUGUCCAGAAGGUCAUUAUUGUCCGAGAAAUACAACAUCGCCCUUACCCUGUCCAUUAGGAACAUACUCGAAUAAGACAAGAUUGGAAAACGUUGAUCAGUGUGAAAAUUGCUGGUUUGGUUUCUACUGUGGUCAAACUGGUUUGACAACCUACUCAACCCGAUGUGACGCAGGGUUUUACUGCCUUCGUGGUGCAAAAGUUGGAAAUCCUGAUGGAAGUAACCCAACCGGAGGACCUUGUCCCGUAGGGAGUUAUUGCCCUCCAGGCACUGGGACACCUAAAGGCUGCGAGCCUGGAACAUUUACCAACUUGACCGGUCAAACAACUUGUCAACCGUGUUGUGCCGGUUAUUACUGUGAUGGGAAUUCAUCUGCAUGCGAUAAGGAAUGCCCGCCAGGCCACUACUGCCCUGAGCAAACCAAAUAUGCUGAACAGUUUCCCUGUCCACGUGGUUACUAUAACAACAAAACAGGUGGUGUGAAUGCCAAUGAUUGUGAAUUAUGCCCCCCGGGCAAAUUCUGCAGCCCUUCAGGACGUAGUGAACCUAGUGGAGAAUGUGCAGGGGGUUGGUACUGUCUUCGUGGUGCAUGGUCCCCAAGACCUGUUCAUCAUGGUAAUUGCACAAUGAAUACCACAUCUUGCUUUUGUCCCAACUCGACGACUGGUGGGGAAUGUCAACCUGGUGAAUACUGUCCCCCCGGUUCAUCUUACCCGUUGCCAUGUGAAAAAGGUAAUUUCUGUCAAACCUCAGGAUUAUCUAAUGUUACCGGACCAUGUGACCCAGGUUAUUACUGUCUAACUGGCUCUAGUAUCUCAAAUCCACGUGAUAACUUGACCGGAAACGUAUGCAUGCGUGGUCAUUAUUGCCCGAGCGGAACUUCAGAUCCUAUCAAAUGUCCUAUUGGAACAUUUUCGAACUCUCUUCAAAAUUCCAAUAAAAGCGACUGUCGGCCAUGCACGGAAGGGAAGUAUUGUGAAACGCAAGGUCUAUUACGCCCUACCGGGGAUUGUGAUCGUGGAUACUAUUGUCCACCCGGGCAAUCUUCUAAGCGACCUGCAAAAUACAAGUGUACACCUGGUCAUUAUUGCCCGAAUGGAAGUAGCAAUGAGCGUCCUUGUGAGUCGGGCAGCUAUCAGGACGAAUACAGUGAAUGGAAAUGUAAGGAAUGUCCCAAUGGUUUCUACUGCGAUGCUUCUAUUCUAAAUUUUACGAAUUGUGAACACGGUGUGCAAUUGCCAAAACCUUGCCCUCGAGGAUAUUACUGUCCUAAUGGUACUGCCGAGUUUCACGUAUACGGCUGCCCUAAUGGAACAUUUAGCAACAGGACACAUUUGACGAGCAGCGAUGAAUGUACUCCAUGUCCUCCCGGUAAGUUUUGCUCAGGAACGGCAAAUACGAUUUGGGAUGGUGAUUGCUCGGCAGGUUUUUGGUGUAUACAAGGAGCCAGUCAACAAGCGCCUACAGAUGGCAACACCGGAAGACAAUGUUCUCCUGGACAUUAUUGUCCAAUGGGCACUGUGGUAGAAAAGUUGUGUCCAAUUGGUACAUUCUCUGCUUUUGGGCAAUUAAAAUCUGUCGUAGAUUGCCAACCCUGUACACCCGGACAUUAUUGUGAUAGGAUGGGCCUUAACGCUACUUCAGGAAACUGUUCUGCUGGUUAUUAUUGCCUGGGAAAUGCCACAGUUUCAACUCCCACUGACGAAAGGACAGGUAACGAAUGCCCGCGAGGUCAUUACUGUCCGUCAGGUACCGGUCAACCUAAGCAAUGCGAGCCAGGAUAUUACAUGAAUCAUUCUCAAGCUGUUGAAUGCUAUUCGUGUCCUGCUGGGUACUUUUGUAUCAAUCGCUUUCAGCCGUUUCCCUGUUUACCAGGUUUUUAUUGUCCUCAAGAAACCGGUUUUGAUUUGCAGCCGUGUCCAACAGGGACAUUCAGCAAUAGCUUCCUACUAACAUCACCUGAUGAAUGCCUCUCUUGUUUAUCUGGUUAUUAUUGCGAUGCCAUGAACAGCACAAAUGUCAGUGGUCUAUGCGACGCUGGAUUCUAUUGCAAAAAUGGCUCGGAUACUCCAACACCAUCAGGAGGAAAUAAAGGUAAUGCUGGUAUCUGUCCGCGGGGAUACUACUGUCCAAGAGGCGAUAAAUCAUCACCGAUAGCUUGUCCGCGGGGAACGUUUAAUGACCUUACCCAUAAAUCAUCUUCAAACGAUUGCAGCCCUUGUCUUAGUGGUCACUUCUGUGAUAAACCGGCUUUGACAUGGCCCGCAGGUGAAUGCUAUGCUGGGUAUUAUUGCAAGAAUGGAUCUGAUACACCUAACCCAACAAAUAUCACAAACAGUGGUGGACCCUGUCCUAUAGGUCACUACUGUAGAAAUGGAACGACCAAACCAGUUCCUUGCCCACCCGGCACAUAUAACCCCAGGACCCGUCAAUAUUCUUGUUUACCAUGUCCUUCUGGCUAUUUCUGCCCUACAGCUUCCUAUCAAUUUACUGAAUGUCAGCGUGGAUACUACUGCCCGAAUAGCACUGGUUUGCCUAAAGCUUGUCCUAUAGGUACGUAUAAAAACUAUACCAAAGGUGAUGAUAUUAGCGAUUGCAAACUGUGCCCUCCCGGUCAGUAUUGUCCAACAAGUGGACUGGCUGAGCCUCGUGGUUUAUGCGCUGAAGGUUGGUAUUGUACCGGUGGAUCUUGGGAGGAAAAACCACUCAAUGGUUCCAUCUUUGCUAACUAUAGUGGGUGCCCACUAUUAGGAAACACUGGAGGAUUCUGUAAAAAAGGAACGUUUUGUCCAGCUGGAAGUGAUCAACCUAGGUUGUGCACCGCAGGCUAUUACUGUGAUAAAGACUAUCUUCGUGAUGUAUCUGGUCCUUGCUCUCCUGGAUACUAUUGUAACGGAAGCACUAUAAACAGCAAACCUAAUGGUGCGGACAGUGGUGGGUUCUGUGAACCAGGCUACUAUUGUCCCGAACGAAGCUCUUAUCAACUGCCAUGUUGGCCGGGAACAUAUUCUCCUAAUAGUGGUAAUCAGCGUCGUAAUAACUGCCAACCUUGUGAUCCGGGCACGUAUUGCGGCUCCUAUGCCUUGGCUAAACCCGAAGGAAAAUGUUCUGUAGGUUAUUAUUGUCCUGCCGGCGAAACACUGCGAAGUCCACCAGACAAAGAAUGCCGACCCGGACAUUUUUGUCCCGAAGGCACGGGUAUACACGAGCCUUGCUUGCCUGGAUUUUAUCAACCAUAUAAAGGAAUGGGCUUGUGUUACAUCUGUCCCGAGGGAAGUUACUGUGACCCAGCUGAAGGCAGACUCAACUUUUCGAGUGGCAUAAACUCUUCAACGCACGGCGUGGUAUACCCUCUUGACUGCCCUCGUGGCUACUACUGUCCAAACGGCACAAGUGCAAAAUACCAACACCCUUGUCCACUUGGUACAUUUGGUAAUCGAAGCAAGCUAACAAGCUUGGAGCAAUGUGAGCCAUGUUUGAGAGGCCAUUAUUGUAAGAAAUCAGGAAUCGUUGAAACAAGUGGGAUAUGUUACAAAGGGUAUUACUGCACCAUUCUCGCAACUCUUCCAAAUGCAAAUGUUACAACUAAUGAGGGCGGUCCAUGUCCACCGGGACAUUAUUGUCCCAAAGGUUCGUAUGAACCUCAGCCAUGUCCUAGGGGAACAUAUACACCGCUGGAAAAACGGGGAAUGUUGUCCGAUUGCAUUGAUUGCCCUGGUGGUCAGUACUGUGCGAAUUCUGGUCAAGCAGCACCAAAUGGAAGUUGUUAUUCUGGAUUUUACUGCACUGGAAGAGCUUUAAAGCCUAAUCCAGUCAAUGAAAGUUUUGGUGAUGAAUGUCCAACAGGUAACUAUUGUCCCGUUGGUACCGCCACACCAUUCAAAUGUCCCCCUGGUACGUUUAAUAACUUGACAGCUGCAAGCCAACCAUCUCACUGCCUGCCUUGUUCACCUGGUAAAUACUGUAAUGGAUACGGCUUGACGUCGGCAUCUGGUGAUUGUGAUCCUGGAUGGUUUUGCAACAGAGGAGCAUAUAGUAAAAGACCUACAAUUCUCUCCAAUCUAGUUUAUAACAACUCCUUCGAUUUCACAUGCCCAGCGUAUUUAGUCAAUCAAACGGGGGGUGUUUGCCCUGUGGGUCACUACUGCCCGAGAGGCUCACAUGCGCCAUUGAUCUGUUUGGCUGGAAAGUACUGCGAUAUUACAGGUUUGUCGUAUCCUGCGGGUAAUUGUACCGAAGGUUAUUAUUGUGCUCCCGGGUCCAACUCUUCUACACCUGUGACAUGUCGAGCUGGUUAUUAUUGUCCAGCUGGGACUUCAUAUGAAAUCCCAUGUCCGCUAGGAACGUUUAAUCCUCAUCGAAGCAUGAUAUCGUUGUCACAUUGUCAGAACUGCACAGAAGGAUAUUAUUGCCCUAUACAAGCCACAACUAACGUUACUUUUAAAUGUAUGCAAGGUUAUUAUUGUCCUUCUGGGUCAUUUCGCCGCGAUGCAGCGGAAUGUACUAAAGGACAUCGUUGUAAGAAUGGAAGCCCACGUCCCGAACCUUGUCCAGCUGGAAGUUACCAGGAUAAUCUUGGACAAUAUGAAUGUAAAGUAUGCCCUGAAGGAUUCUACUGUCCUGCUGAUGCUGUCAUUGUACCUUUGAAUUGUACCCAAGGUAAUUACUGUCCACGUGGUACAAAAUCAGAAAGACAAUACCAAUGUCCACUAGGAACAUACAGUAGUAAAGUUGGAUUGACAACUAGUUCCCAGUGCUCACCAUGCUUGCCUGGGCAAUUCUGUGCUGGUUCUGGCAACAAAAGACCUACUGGAAAUUGUGCAGCAGGUUUCUAUUGUACAUUGAACGCUUCAAGUAAUACGCCGAAUCAUGGUAUUACUGGAGGAUUGUGUCCUCAAGGAAGAUAUUGUCCAUCUGGCUCAGUAAGAGGAAAAGAUUGCCCUGAAGGGACGUUUAACAACCGCACUGGUCAACAAAACGAAACAAACUGCAUUCCUUGCCUACCUGGUUUUUACUGCCCACACAAGGGAAUCAAAUUUCCUUCUCUUGCUUGUACCGCUGGCUUCUGGUGUAAAUCUGGUUCUUUUACUCCAACGCCCAUUGAUUCAUCACAAGGCAUUCGCUGUCCCAACGGCAGCUACUGUCCUACAGGAACACCUAGACCUAUCAACUGUCCGGCUGGCACAUAUCAACCUGAGAAUGGCAAGACACAGUUUAGUGAUUGCAAAGGUUGUGAUCCGGGAAUGUUCUGUGAUUCAUCCGGUCUUGAUGCUGUCAGUGGUCCCUGCAAACAGGGUUUUUACUGCGUUAUGAAUGCAACAACUAGUGAACCGAAGGAUGGUAAAUCUGGAGACGUGUGCCCAAUGGGACAUUAUUGUACUCAGCAGACGUCUGAACCGUAUAAAUGCCCUAACGCUACGUACAUGAACCACACAGGAGCAAGCAGUUGCUACCUAUGUCCUGCUAGACAUUAUUGUACUAAUGGGUACAGUGCAGAUGUAUGUCCUCGUGGCUUCUACUGUCCAAAAGGAACAGGUUUUGAUUAUCUUCCCUGUCCAGUGGGAACGUUUGGUGAAAGAACAGGCUUGGCUCGCAUUAAUGAAUGCACUCAAUGUUCAUCUGGUCAUUUCUGUCAGUUUUCAGGAAAAUCAAAUUUUACAGGACAAUGUGAUGGUGGAUAUUUUUGUAAGACCGGUGUGAACACGUCGAAACCGUCGAACGACCAUACGGGUAGUGGAGGUAUAUGUUCCCCGGGAUAUGAAUGCCCAGUUGGAUCGGGAGAUCCUUCUCCAUGUCAACAAGGGUAUUACGCGCCAAUCUCAAUGAUGGAAAAAUGUCUAGUCUGUCCUGAAGGAAAAUACUGUAAUGGUACAACUAUUAAACCCUCGGAAUGUCCACCUGGUAGUUAUUGUCCUUUAGGCACCAGGUUUGCUACGCAAUACCUUUGUCCAGCCGGAACGUUCAACAACAAGUCGUCUCAAACGUCAAACUCAUCGUGUCAGCAGUGUUGGCCAGGGUAUUAUUGUGAAGGAGAAGGUCUUCAUCAACCAAGUGGUGUUUGUGAUCCGGGUUUUUACUGUUUUGGUGGAGCGGCAAUGAAACGGCCUGGUGAUUUUGGUCAUCUUAAUGUCAAUACAACUAACAUGUCGUGUCUUGCACAAUGUGUUUGUCCAGCAUUGAACACAACGACAGGUGGUAUCUGUCCUAUUGGUCAUUAUUGUCCAAGGGCGUCGAAAAAGCCUCUGGAUUGUAAGCUUGGAAUGUACUGUGCUUAUCCUGGUCAGGAAGUGCCUACUGGAAACUGUACAGCUGGCUAUUUCUGCAAUGACACUGCAACCGCCGAUCAAUUUGUUUGUCCUAUGGGACACUACUGUCCAAGAGGAACGGGUGUACCUAUUCCUUGUCCGGCUGGGACAUUUUCAAACGCAACAAAGAACACAAAAAGCACAGAUUGUCAACAAUGCAAAGGUGGUCAUUACUGCGAUGGAACAAGAAAUAUCGCACCUACCGAUGAGUGUGAAGCUGGAUAUUUCUGUCCUGGUGGUCAAAAAAGUCCUGGGGAAUAUUUAUGUACGGGAGGGCAUUAUUGCCCACGUGGCUCUAUCACACCUCAGAGAUGUUGGAAUGGCUCUUAUCAAAACUCCACUGGACAAGAUGGCUGUAUUGAAUGUCCAUCCGGAUACUAUUGCAACCCUGCAUAUGGUCCAGUUAUAAAUCCGACACCCUGUCCUACAGGGUAUUUUUGUCCAAUGGGCACAACUUUGGGAAAUGCAUUUCCCUGUCCGAUGGGAACAUUCAACAACAGAAGAAAAGCACAAUCAAUUGAUGAAUGUCACGAAUGUCCUGCUGGGCAGUUCUGUGGAAGUGCUGGUUUAUCAAUGCCCUCGGGAAAAUGUCUUGCUGGUUAUUACUGUCUCAAAGCAUCCAAAUAUCCAUAUCCUGUAAAGAACCUUACCGCGCCUGCUAACUUCACGUUUCCAUACUACAAUGACCGCUGCCCACCUGGUUAUUAUUGCGAAUCAGGCACAACCCAUCCGAAGAAUUGCCCUGUUGGGACCUUUUCCACGACUGGUGGUAUAGCGAACGCAUCUGAUUGUCAACCGUGUCAAGCUGGUCGUUAUUGCAGUUUCUCCGGACCUGUUAGGUCAAACGAGCCGCCUAAAUGUUUUCCUGGAUUUGUCUGUCUACGUGGGUCAAGUACUCCAACCCCUGUUGAUAAUAUUGCUGGCUACGAAUGUCCUCCCGGAUUCUACUGUCCAGAAGGGGCUCUUACCAAAUUGUCGUGUUCUCCCGGAACGUACCAGCCAGACUCCGGUCAAUCAUCUUGCGUUAACUGUACCAAUGGUGCAAUGUGUCCCGGAUUCAAUACCACAUCUCCUUCUCUAUGUAAACUUGGUUAUUACUGUCCAAGUGGUUUACCAAUACCCUGUCCCAAUGGUACAUAUGGAAAGCAUCUUGGUCUCAAGGGGGUGCAUCAAUGCUCCGAUUGUCCUUCUGGUAAAUAUUGUCCAGGAUUGGCAAACACAUCACCUAACCUCACCUGUGCUUCAGGAUGGUACUGUCAGGGUGGGGCAUCCAGUGCCACUCCCUCGCGUUCGACUAAAUUUCCAGGAAAUGGUCCCUGUAGAGCUGGAUACUAUUGCGAGGAAGGAACGAUUGCACCAAUCAAAUGUCCGCCAGGAACAUUUCGCAACACAACUGGAGGAAGAUCAGUAGAGGAAUGUCUGGACUGUCGACCUGGCUUUUACUGUGAAUACUCUGGACUUGUUGAACCAACUGCAGAAUGUGAUAGAGGUUAUUACUGUCCAGAAGGAAGCAAAGUUAACGUUUCUUCCCCAUCAAGUUAUCAAUGCGUUGUCGGCCAUUACUGUCCCAAAGGAAGCAUAGCUCCGGUGCCUUGUCCACCAGGUCAAUAUCAACCACGAAAAGGAAUGUGGGAAUGCACAAAAUGUCCUGCCGGAUAUUAUUGCACGAGUACCAAUGAUUCACAUCAAAUUCCAUGUCCAGAACGUCAUUACUGUCCAAGCGGUAGCUCUCUACCGACCGUUUGUCCAGAUGGCACAUUUUCCAAAUCUGGUGAUGUAAAGUUCGUAAGUGAAAGUCAAUGUCGGAAUUGCAUAACGGGUAGCUACUGCAGAGCAGGAAAGGUAUUUGGUCCAUGUUCUGCUGGAUAUUACUGUAAAAGUCGAAGUCCUGACCCAAACCCAACGUCUAGCAACUACUCCCAUCAAGUGGAUGCGGGACCAUGUGCACCCGGGUAUUAUUGUCCCAUCGGAACAUUGACUCCAAAGGCAUGUCCAAACAACACUUUGAAAGAUUAUUCUGGUGGUAAUGGAGUACCUUCUGAUUGUAAACCAUGUCCAGCUGGUAGACAAUGUUUCACAGGGAACGGAAUUGCGUUGUUUUGCCCAUCGGGUAGUUAUUGUGAACUUGGAAAUGACGGUCCACAGGAAUGUCCUUUAAACACAUAUAGACAUCUAGUUGGCGGUAAAAACAUCACCGACUGUUUCGCUUGUCCUGCUGGAUAUUGGUGCAACAUCACAGGUUUGGCUGGCAUACUUGGCUACGAAUGUCCGGUGGGGUAUUAUUGUCUUCAAGGGCAAAGUCCCGUCGCUUGUCCAGGAGGAACUUUACGCAGUCGUGUUGGAGCGAAAAAUUCAUCAGAAUGUCUUGCAUGUCCUUCCCGAUAUUAUUGUCCUGAUGGAAUAGCCAACAUUGAUGGUAUCCCAUGUUCAGCUUCAUACUAUUGUCCCAUAAGAUCUGCUUUACAGAAACUAUGUCCUGGAGGCUACUAUUGCCCGGCAAUGACAGGCAAACCACUGAUAUGUCCAGCUGGAUACUUUUGUGCAGCCAAUUCAUCAGGAAUAAAACCUUGUGUGUAUCCAUAUUACUGCCCUGAAGGCUCAGACAGACCCCUUGAUUGUCCUCUGGGGUACCGCUCGAUGCGCGUUGCUGGAAACCGCACUUCACUCGAACAAACUUGCUCUAUAUGCCCUCCUGGUUACUAUGGCGAUCACCCAACGCGUUACAACUGUUCCAUAUGUCCAGCGGGAUAUUAUUGUCCCGCAGGCACCAUUGGACCACAUGUGAAUCCCUGUCGACAAGGAUACUUCUGUCCAAAACAAUCCUCGAAAGAAAUACCUUGUCCAACUGGAAUGUACGGUAAUAAGCGUCUAGCUGUAAGGCCUUCUGAUUGUUUUCCAUGUCCUGCAAAUUACUUUAACAAUCGCGCCGGUCAGUUGGCUUGUCGUCCAUGUGGUAGCAGUGCUAUAUCGGACCGUGGAUCUUCUCAGUGUAAUUGCUUGGGAAAGUACAGAUCAUUCCAGGUCUCUGAUGGAUCAUGUCAAUGUUUGUCUGGUUAUGUCUACUACAGUGAAAUUAACAAAGAAAAGGAAGAGGGAGAUAGUGACUUGUCUUGUCAGCCAAAGGUGGAUAAGCGUUGUGGAAGUGGCAAGGUUCGUUUAUCACGCACUAGAGAUUGCGUUGACCUCGACACAACAUCUUCGGAAUGCACCUCCUGCAGAGUUUCCCGUGCAAGGUUUGACGUGGAACUUGGAGGGUGUGUGUGUAACAGUGACGAAGUGUGCAACAGGACAUGCAGGGAGAGAAAACCAAAUGUAGUCUUAUCACGUGACUCCAGUAGUGGGGUUCUUCGCAUCGUGACGUCAUCAUCCGACGGUGAAAACAGAACGGUAACUUUAAAUGAUGAUUACGGUAUAGCAUCCUACGACUACGAUCAACAUCAUUGCGAGAUUGUCGAAGUAUCGUCGUCAGGAAUUUCAGGAAUUGUUAUAACAAGUACCAGUCAGUCUCCCAUACAAAGCGAGCAAAGUGGUUCAUCUGGUAGGCGAGUCCGUCGUUCGGUGACAAAUACCACUGCGAACAAUAUCGCACCAAAUCAGGAACCAGAUAAAAUUCCCAGUCCUUUUAUUUGCAUCGCAAUGGGAAGCGCAAUUCUUUUCCAAAUUGAAAUCAAUCAAGUAAACCGGUCACUUAGUCAUUACCCUAGAUACAACAAAGACCAUUUGUUGAACAAGAACGAUCGUUUCGACUAUGGUUAUUUUCGUUUCCUGCAUUCUAUAGUUCGAGAUACCAACAAAUCUCUCACGACAUUUGCUAACGUGUUCAACCAAGAUGGGGUGUUCGUAUUUUACGACAACGCCUUACAAACGAGCGAAAUGAUCGUUAAGGUCACGGGUCUUGGAGAAAAGUGCAGCGAGACUUUAAAUAAUGAAAUGUUGCCGGUAACGUCUCUCACAUUGACGCAGUACAGAGUGGGAAAAGCGAAGCCCAAAAAUCUUGAACCUAAUUGGUUGAUAAUUUAUGGUGUGACAGCGUUUAUUUUAAUAUGUGUGGUGAUGCUAGUGAUUGCAACCGUAAUCUGGAGACCGAGAAACUUUGGAAGAAAUUCUUUCAAGGCUUUGCGUCCCAAAUACAAAAGUUUGGGUGCUCCAAUACCCGUGGUUCCUAUUCCCGGUGUUGAUGAUAUACCGGGUGAACUCGGCCCGAGGGGUGUGGCCGAAGGCGCACCAUCGUCAUGCCAAACAGAAAGUGUGAAAUUCGAGCUGGAGAAUUUCAACGUCCGUACUCUAUAUGAUAAAUUGGAAGAUCAAACACUGCACGUUACCUCGCAACUUGCCCGCCAUCAAGCAGACCUGAGAGGAUUUUAUGAACGCAUAAGCCAACAGGCAGAGAAACUAAAGCAAAUGUUGAACAAUAUGGACGUGACAGCGCUGAUUGAAACUACGAAACAGGCAGCCAAUCAGAAAAAUGAUGCAACUGAAAGUGUCUCGAGUGCUGUGCAAGAAGGAAAACAAGAAAUUAAUGAGAUAAUACCUGGCGGUAGCGACCGUGAAAAGGAAUUAAUGAAAGCUUUGCAUGUUCUUGUGGAGAAAAUCGAAACUGGUGAAGCAGUUACGAGACACCGUGGUUUAGGUUCCGUUACUUACGCAGUUGAUAAAUCAAUAACGCCAUUGUCAACUGAUCUCAAACACACUGAACAUGUUGUUACGCUGAGUUAUGAUAGUAAUAAUAGUGUACCUCAGACAAUUGGACCAACUACGAAUUCGAAGAUAAAGGAUGUUGUUAAAAGAUUGAAUGACGAACGAAUUAUGGUUGACCGUGAAUUGAGGGAAAAUGAACAGGCUGAAAUUCGAAACUUCUUCAAUAAAGAGAAUGAUCGGCAUAAGGAGGUGGUGAAAAAGAAAGCUCAAGAUUUGGCUGACAUGUUAUCUGGAUGCAACUCGGAGGAAGAAAUGCGAGAGAUAAUGGAAGCACACGACGUAGAGCUGCGUCGACUUGAACUUAACUUUGCCACAGAGAAGGAACAAAACUUGAACAGCUUGAAGAAACGUUUGCUGAAAAAAAGAGAAGAAAGGGAAAAUUCUUUGUUGAACGAACAGAGAAAAGAGGCUGAAAAGCAUGACAUAAUUCUGAAGGAUAAUGACGACAAACAGUUCUCAAUAGCCAACGUCAUGCAGUUUGAAACAGCUGUCCUUUCUACAAUCACUCACGAUGAGGCUCGUGACCUUGCAAGAGCUGAAGAGAAAGUUGAAGAAGAUCAAACAGAUUCAUUACUGCGACAAUAUGGCGACUCCUUUUCAGGAAUAGUUAUUUUGUCCUUAAUUCAGGAAAAUCUCGGAGGGAAUAUUGGCACCACGGAGGCGGAAGAAUAUCUUCGUCAGCAUAUGAAAAUGGAAAGCGAUUUGGAAAGGUUGAGAAUCGAAAAGAAAAAUCAGCAAAUUGCAGGCAUAAGUGAGAAACUGGAACAAAGAAAGAAGGAGCGAUUGAGAAAACUUAAGGAAAAACAAGAACUCGAACGAGCUCAGGCCAUUGAACAUGGUUUGAAUGUUGCGGAGCUUGAGAGACGUCAUACAUACGAAAAAGAUGAUUUAGAUGCAGAAUUUGAGAUGGAGAAAGCUCAGCACUUUGCUGAAAUAAAGAAACGCAUAAACAUGGAACAUGAAGAUGAAGUAAAGAAAAGACACAAAGCCUUACUGGAAAAGAUCGGUCGUGAACAGCAAAUUGAUCCUAUGCUGCAACAGCAAAUCUUACAUGAACUACGUCGUGAAAAUGAAAAUGCCAUUGAAAGCUUUAGAAAGCGAAAGGCCUUAGCCAUGCAGGCUGCCAAGGAUAAGAUUGCUUCUCGCAAGGCAAGACGUGAGAUGGAGGCUCGACGUCUGGCUGAUGAAAUAGCUGCUCGACGUAUUUUAGAUGAGCAGAGCAAAGCAGUGGUCACCAAGAAAGAAUUAGAUGAGGAUAGUAUUGUUUUGCCUGACGUACCACUAUCAAUAGAAUCAACAGAAGAAAAGGUUUUGAUAAAGGAGCAGCAACGUGCGCUGGAAAAUAUGAAAGAGAGACACUCGAAUGAGGAAGUUAAACUUAAAAAAAAUCUUGAAACUGAGGCACGGCAAGUGGAAGUUGAUGAAGAGGCGAGAUUUCAGUCUGAAAAAGAAAAGCAGAUGUUUGAGCUACAACAGCGACAUGCCGCUAACACUGUUGCUCGACAAGACCUUCAUCCUGCUGAAAUGGAAAGAUUGAUGAGUGCACAUGAGAAAGAGUUAGAAAACUUAAUUGAGAACAUGGAGAAUGAUCGCACGCGGCAGAAACAGAAUCUCAAGCGGCGAUUGCAAGAGCAAAAACGUAAGCGGUUGGAAGCCUUACAACGAAGACAAGACCGCGAAGAAGCAAGAGAAGUUUUAGAACAACAGAAAGAAUUAAAAGAUGUACAAGCUAAUAAUGUUAAAGCUGUCGAAAAAGAAGUGAUUCUUCAAGCAAUUAAAGAUAAUGGUCCCGAGUCCAGUGAAUUUGUCAUUCGCAAGAUACUGGAAAAACGCCACGAUCGCGAAAUGAAAGAUUUGGACAAAUUGUUCCAGGAAGAACGGCGGGUCGGUAUUGACGAAGCAAUGGCAAGACUUGAGGACGAACAUAAUCUUGAAAUGGAAAAACUACGCAAGGCUCAUGGCGAGGAAUUGAAAAAACUCGAAGCGGAAGAUGGUGUGUCACCCGAAGAUUUACAGCAUCGUAAAGCUCAAAUGCUCAACGAACAACAGCUCCAGUUGAGCUUUCUGGAGAGAAAAUAUAAUGGACAGUUGAAGAAAAUAAAAACCAGUGCCACAGCUGAUUGGGAAGUGAGAUAUGCGCGUGCUAAACUUGAACUCAAAGAAAAACACUACCAGGAAUAUGCCGAUGCGUUAAGUGAAUUGUCACCUGAACAAUCUCAGGCUCAUAAAGAUGCCGUGGAGAAAGCCCUUGAAGCUGCUCGUGAACUUGAUGUAAUCAAGAAAAAACUUGAAGAAGAAAAAAAGACAAAUGCUGAAAAACAGAAACAGGAAAACGAAGAAUUUGAAAGGCAACAAAAGCGACGCAUGGAAGAGGAGUUAAAUCAGUUUGAGGCAGAUUUGCAGAAAGAAGAAGAAACUGAGCGAAGGAAAAACGAAAAAGUGAUGCUUUCAUUGAAUGCUCGUAAGGAAGAUCUUUUAAAGGAACGCAAAAUGAAUGUAAAGCAACAAAUUGAAAAGAUGAAUAAACAAGGAUCGAGCAAAAGCGAAAAGGAUGCGCUGCUCAAAGAACACAGUGAAGACUUGGCAAGGUUAAUGAAUAAAUUGGACGCCGACAGACUGAGAAUGCAAAGCUCGCUUGAGGAACGGCUGAAAAAGAAAAGGCAAGAGAAACGAAAGGAAAAGAUGAAAGAAUUGAAUAGGGUGUCUGUAGAAGAGAAAAAAGAACACGAAGGACGACAGCAAGCGGAAGCCGAACGUCUUCAAGCAAAACAGGCUCUAGAGUUGAAAGAAAGCAUCCAAGUUGAUAAUUUGGUUGCAGCCGCCAGACAAAGUGGGACGCCAGAGACGAUACGGCGGAAUGAGCUCACUGUAUUACCCGUCUCUUAUCGCAUGGCGGCCCCAUUAACGGAAAGCGAAAUAACAUCAUUGUUACUGCAGUCCCCGUUGUAUCAGAAACUUGAAAACAUUAAGAAUCUAAUUGAUGGCAAACGAGGAAAGUCGUCUGCUUCAGAUGAUAUUUAUACCGACAUAAAAGACGACACACUUUGGUCAUCAGACGAAAUCCUUGUUCCUGUCGAUCUUGACAAGAUCCCUGGGCGCACAUUUGUCGUCUAUAAAUUUGGUUGCUUCAUUGUUGAUCUACUAACCGUACGUUGUCAACAUGUUCCAGUGACUCUGCUACUUGCCGAUAAGCUUCCUCCUAAUGAGCAACUUGAAAAGAACGCCUAUCGAAAUUCCUUUUUCUUUGAUUCCAACAAUAACAUUCUCUACAUGAGAAAAGAGCGUUUGAACAACGUUGGCGAAUUUGUCCUUGUUCUCAUUCAUUGUUUAGCACAUUUAAAGGUCAGAGAUCUCAGAGACGAUACCAACGCAUCGUUUGUAAAAGAAUUCCAUCGAGGCUUAGCAGUUGUUUGCGAUGAUUUGUUCUUCGCUCGUUACCACCAAUCAUGUGUGUCGACUAAUGAAAUGGGAACUGUGGUAGAUGAAUCUUUUUCGGGCAAUGACGAAAGCUCGCUUCGCAGAGACGUUAUUGGCGAUUUGUUGGAUGUGAAACUUCUUCGUGGAUCAUCCAAAGAUGGAGUACACUUUUCCAGGGAGGGUUUAGUUGAAAGACUUUCUAAAUACAGUAACUUUGCUCUUACUAACAAAAUUCAGGAUCUUCUUGGCGAUGUUAGCAAUAAGAAUGACCAAGCUCACAUACAAGGGACAGAUAUCUAUAUUGAAGACAGGCUUCGAGAACUUGGUACAGAGCGCCCUGUUUCACGCUUUGGCCAAUCGCGUGGAAAUCUUGUAUCACGUGACACAUCCCGAGAGUUGUCUCGUGCAAUGGCCGUUUCGAGAUCUGCAACAGCAUAUCCCGUAUCAAAAAAACGUCCUCCUACUCAGGGCCAAGCCGCCGAUGAUAAUAAGAAUAGUAAAAGAUCGUUACUUCAGACUGAGGUUCUUGAUGUUCAAGAAAAGAUUGACAAUCUGAACGAAGAAUUUUCUGAAAUCAGUGUUGCAUUGCUGAAGAGAAGCAACGAAGUUCAGGAGUUAGAGGCGGACUUGCACAUAAAAACUGAUGCUCUUAAAUCUCUCGUUAAGGAAUCUCAAGAAUACUCAAAGCAAGACGAACUUAGACGUCAGACAUCUAUUUCUUUGACAACCACUAAAAGCUGUGAGGCUUUGGAACUGCGCAAGCAAACAUGCGUACAACGUCUGCAGCUUUUCCGAAACAGGCUUGACGAGAAAAUGGACUUGCUGGCGAGAUAUGGACUAGAGCAGCGGUCGAAAAAAGAAAUUCGUUUUGCUAAGUAAAGACGCAGUGCGUAGAAAGUAGGGCUGGAACAAUUGUAGCCUCUAAUCCAGUUCUUUUCUAAUUUAUUUAUGUACUAUUUUUUAAAUCAGUUAUAUUUAUCUCAUAAAUAUUACGAUUAUAUUUACAAGCUUUUGCUUUGCAUAAAUCAUAUACAAAAAAUGAAGUCAAAUGAAAUAUGUGCGAUAAAAGUUAA